UUUUAUGUGUAUUUAUGCAUCGCAAUUCACCUCACUGUACUUUUUCACAACACCCUUACCCUUGCUCUCCUUUCUCACCCUUGCUCUCCUUUCUCACCCUUGCCUUACUCUCCUUUCUCACAGAGCACAACACAGUCACAGAGCACAUAAAAGUUUUUGUUUUUGCACCACAGCCGCAAGCUUCUUCUUUUUCGCAACAGAGGCAUUCGUCUUCUUCUUCCUCCAAUUUUCGUCCAUUGUUCGCUGCUCAAACGCUGUCAGAGAGUUGGAUAUAUGAGCACUUCCCUACUUUGGGAAGAAGGCGUCUAGUGUGUUCAUAUGACGAAGACAUACCACGUGAUGCAAAGUGGGAGUCAUCGAGGCAGGGUGAGGUCAAGGUACAUUUGGAUGCAUUGACAUAUGAUUCAGUCAUCUGGUACCCUUAUGAGUCACAUCGGGAGACUCGUCCUUUUUACGACAUCUAUUGAGUGAAAUGUGUCUACAUGAUCAAAAUAUGAGGGAUCACGCUUUGUAGACCUCUUUGUUCUCUGAAUUAUUUUCUUUUGUGCACCCUUCAUCUUAACUUUAUGCAAUGGAGGUAUCAUAUAUGUAAUUGUAGGACAAACAAUUUCAAGUAACUUUUGUUUAAUUGUCACCUUACCUCCAAUCUCAGCUUCCUUAAAUUUUUCUCUAACCAUAUCAAGCUCAUGUUGUAUGGAUAACUCUGGCUACGAUUCAUUUGAUACAAUAUCUGAAAUAAACAAUCUUGUCCACAUCAUAUGAAACUCACCCAAAGGAAUGACACUAGGGGCAUAACGUGCUAAUUCACACACAGGGGACACCGUAGGUCCGUCUAAGUAUACAUCCACAUCUUGCCCUAUCGAGUCAUAUAAGAUUUACUUGUUCUAAUUCUUCAGCUAUUAGUCCCAAAGCAUAUCUGGAUACUUGUCCAACAAGUCUUUUGUAUCUUAUGCCUUUAUAAUCUUCACUUAUAAGAUUAAGACUGUUUUUGAACGACGCUUUGAUCUUACUAUGUUGCAAUAUAAUGACAUUAUGAAUGACAUUCCAGCAAGAACAAAGAUCUCUCAUACUGUUUACCAAUACUUUCUUUAAGUUCCAAUGAGCAGACUCAACCCUGACAAAAAUAAAUCAACAAUAUUAUCAAAUAUUCAAAUAUAAAAUAAACUAAUAUAAAAUUAAAACAUAUAUGUUCGUUGUUGUAUUCCCUAAAUGCAUAACGUUGUUUGUCCAUGCCUUUACAAAGUAAGUAUUAUAUGAAAUAAUC